ACAGCAUUUUGAAACCCAGCUGAUCAGAGCUGUGGUAUUCUGCCACAGAGGCAGAGGGAGAAAAUCACAGAAAGCACAUGAAGAAUUUGUGAUUUUAAGACGGAGAUUUCACAAAUAGAAGAGUGGGAAAAGAAAUGUCUCCGUCCUUUUAUGGGAAACUGGGAACCCGUGUGAAGAGAGAAGCUCUGUGUAAAGAUGUGAGACCCGUUGGCAGGGUGGAAAUCUGAGGAAAGAAACACACAGAAAGGGAUCAGUCAGGCUCUGGAAACUAGUCCAGGGAGUCCUUUGAGUCAAAAAAGGAUUGAAGAGCCCCCGUAGUAAGAGGAGUGAUGUCUUGGCUGUCACCCGUGUCAUGGGCCAAAUGGACGUGGACGGCGGUGCGAGGAGGAGAGGGAGAAGAGGAUGAAGAGGGGCAUGAGGCCAGCGAGGAGAGGGAGCAACUUGGAGAGAGAGGAGAGGAGGAGGAGGAGGAGGAUAGAUCUCAAAGCUGCAGCUCUGACUCAGAGAGUCAUUUUGAGACUCCUGAAGCAGCAACUCCUGUCCGUGCCCCUCCAACCUUCCCAGGAGAGCUGGAGAACAACAACACUGAUGCAGACAAAACAGAUGUGGAUCAGGAGGAGCAGCUGUUAGUGACUGCUCCUGUUUGGGAUCAGGAUUUUUGGCUCAACCACAACAUGGGUCAGGAUGAGCCUGUGGUCCCCAUUGGUGGCCCACUGGAUGUAAACUUCCAGACCCUGCACGCAGGACAAAUAGAGGAUCUCCCAGAAGCCUUGGGCUCUGUGCCUCUCCCUGCUCCAUCAUCGGUGAAGGAGGUGCCUGAAGUGCCUCAAUGCACAGCACCAUCCUCUGAGCCAUCCCAAGGCCCAGUCCCCAUCCUAGUUGCAGAUAUUGUCCCGGAUUUGGCUCCAGCUCCAGCUCCUGCUCCAGCUCCUGUUCUUGCUCCAACCCCAGAACCAGCUCCAGCUCCAGCUCCUGUUCUUGCUCUAACCCCAGAACCAGCUCCAGCUCUAGCUCCUGUUCUUGCUCUAACCCCAGAACCAGCUCCAGCUCCUGUUCUUGCUACAACCCCAGAACCAGCUCCAGCUCCUGCUCCUGUUCUUGCUCCAACUCCAGAACCAGCUCCAGCUCCAGCUCCUGUUCUUGCUCUAACCCCAGAACCAGCUCCAGAACCAGCUCCAGCUCCUGUUCUUGCUCUAACCGCAGAACCAGCUCCAGCUCCUGUUCUUGCUCCAACCCCAGAACCAGCUCCAGCUCCUGUUCCAACCCCAGAGCCAGUCCAUUGCAGUGAACAUGCAGCCAGCCCAGCUCCAGACCCCCCUGAGCAGAAACCUCUUUCUGAACCAGAACCACAGUGCAAUGGCCUCGACCAGACAGAGCCCACUCGAAAGACUAAAACUAGCAAGUCUAAGCCUCCAUCCCUGAAGGUAAAGGCCUCGCUGGACGAGCUUGCCCAAACAAAUGAGGAACAAGAACUUCCUCUUCCUAAUGCCACUUACAAAUUUGACCCUGACCAGCUGGAUGACAGCUUUAACCCCUUUACCUGCGGCGGAUCCAAAAUCCAAAACUCUCCCCCACCGUUCGGUUCGAGCUCUCUCCACAGACUCGAGCCAAUCGGCAGCUGCUUGCCUACGUGUGAGGCCAGCGCAGCAGCUCCAGCAGAAGCUGAGAUGACGGAGUCAUCGUCAGAGGGAAAGUCUGUGAUGCUGGAGUUUGGUUUGGACGAAGGGGCAGUCAGCAAGCCACCUCCGAGGAAAUUAGGUGGAAAAAAGACAAUCAGCAAACUCACUGCUAAGAAGCAAAAGGCCAAAGCAUCAGAGGCUUCCCGCAAACCAGCACCAGAACCCACAGUGUCAGAACCAGCUUCCCAAACAGCAUCAGAGCCAGUUUCUCAGCCAGCACCAGAACCCACAGUGUCAGAACCAGCUUCCCAAACAGCAUCAGAGCCAGUUUCUCAGCCAGCACCAGAACCCACAGUCUCAGAACCAGCUUCCCAAACAGCAUCAGAACCAGUUCUGGAUCCUAUUCCAGAAACUGCUUUGCCAGUUUCAGACUCUACUGCACCUUUGAACCUUGACGAUAUUCCUAUUCCUAAAUCAGGGACGUAUAACUUCAAUCCCAGUCAGUGGGACGACCCCAACUUCAAUCCGUUUGGUAGCAAUAGCGCAGUGAGCGGCUCUCCAGUGCUCCCUAAGAGCUCCUACAGUUUUGAUCCAGACAAUUUUGACGACUCCGUGGACCCUUUUAAACCCUCCAAACCCAUGAGCACAGAGGACUCGUCCAGUAGCGCCCCUCAGCCGGAGAAAAAGGUGAAAGACGGAGGCAAACAGAAAGCAGGGCAAACAGCGGGAGAGAAGAAAUCGAGGCAGAUUCCCAAGAAAAGCAAAGAGAGGACAAUCAUGAAUUCCUGUAAAGCUCAGAAAUAUGAUGAGAGCCAGUCCUUGGUGCUCGACAUGUGCAAUCAGGGGGAGGAUGAGGUCGUGGCUCAGACCCCUGAGAUCACUCAGCGAGUUCAUCACGCCACUGAUGAGGAGAAGCUCGCCUCCACUGGCAUUAUGGGCCAGACAACAGACAGCCAGGAGGAGAGAGUAGAACCCGAAUGCUACAAAGCACCUGCGAAAAAACAGCCAAUCAAUAAAUCAAUAGAUUAUAAAUCUGUUAUGGAUGGUCCUGAGACUAGGAUCACAGAUCUCUCGGAGGAGAAGGACUCCUGCAGUCUGAAAUAUGAUAUAAGUGAGAUAUCAAUGAACCUAACAACAGAGCUCCCAGACGCAGCAGCCCUGUUUCAGGACAACAUACCUCAGAGUGAGAUGGACAAGGCUGCAGUGCUCACCCUGAUCAGAGAAGAGAUCAUCACUAAAGAGAUUGAGGUCAAUGAGUGGAAAAGGAAGUAUGAGGAGAGCAGAACUGAGGUUUUGGAGAUGAGGAAAAUAGUUGCAGAGUAUGAGAAAACAGUUUCACAGAUGAUUGAGGACGAGCAGCAGCAGAAGACCCUGUCCUGCAGCAAGUCGGUCAGGCAGUUGACCAUAGAGAGGGAUCAGGCCAUAGCCGACCUCAACUCUGUGGAGCGCUCCUUCGCUGACCUCUUCAGGAGGUAUGAGAACAUGAAGGGAGUCCUGGAGGGCUUCAAGAAGAAUGAGGAGGUGCUGAAGAAGUGUGCGCAAGACUACCUGAUGCGGAUCAAACAGGAGGAGCAGCGAUACCAAACUCUCAAGGUGCAUGCUGAGGAGAAACUAGACAAGGCUAAUGAGGACAUAGCCCAGGUACGUGCCAAGGCCGAUGCUGAGGGUGUCGCACUAAGCGCCAGCCUGAGGAUGGAGCAGAUGAAGGCGGAGUCACUUGAAAGAGCUGUCCUUCAAAAGAAUCAAGAGAUCGAGGAGCUCACUAAGAUCUGCGAUGAACUGAUCGCCAAACUGGGAACAGACUAACAGGCCUUCGAUCAAACUCUCACGCAACAAUGAUGUAAAUACUGUACAUGAUCACACUUAAACACGUGUCAACCUUUUCUUUCUCCCUGAUCAUAUGUUUAAAAAGAAAUACAUUUUAAAUACAGAACUACUCUUUUCUGACUGAGAUAUAAAGCCAGAGCAAUAAUUGUUCAUAGUGCCAAUCAGUUGAUGAAGCACAAAGUUAUCAUGAGGUGUAUUUUAAUUAUUCUGAAGGAGAUUAAUUGAUAUUUGGUUAAGGAUUAACAGUAAAGGCUCAUUUUAUUUUUCAAAGAUUCAUCAGUUUUUAACUGUAGAUCCCCAUCUUUGAAAUGUGUAUGCAUUUGUUCUUUUACAAAGAAUUUCCAUUACCGUUUCACACAGCAUGUUUAACACGACUGUUAAAGACAUAGCACAGACUUCUUUUAUCAGUGUUCACAAUGUAAUGAACUGGUUUGAUGAAACAGCCUUCAGAAAGGACAAAUCUCUCUAUUGAGUGCCUCAACUGAUCAUAGUGUAUUAGUUUCUGGACUAUAAAUAUUUUAUUGCUGCCAUUUUUUGUGUGAUACAGACAGUUAAAUUCUGUUGGUUAUCAUCUUUCAUCAGCAAAUAAACUCUAAGUAAUAUUAUUUAUAUACUUUUUCUAAAGUUUCCUUGUGACAUAUACAAAGUGUGACGAAGUCCUCAGUUAUGCAGAGCUUGAAGUUAAACCGCAGAGUUUUGACAUCAUGUACAUUAUGCCUACCGUAAAUCUCUGGGAUUGUUAACUAUGAAGAGCACUUAAGAGAAUCUUAAAUUCAGUUCUAUAAUAUCUUUUUAAUUUGAUGAUAGUUUGAUGGUGACGGGUGGAAAUAAAAGUUUAGUUUGAAACCUUCUAUGGUUGCCAUGUAGAUAUUCUUGGACUUUAUUCAUAUUUUAUGUGUGAGCCCAAUAGUUGCUGGUGUGCCUUUAUUUUGUCUAUUUUGUAAAAGAAAAAAAAAGUUAGUUUCCUUAUGCAGUUGUUUCCAAACUCUGUCGCCAAAGUGUACUGUAUACUGCAUAUAUAUUUUAUGAUCAAAACAUCCUGAACAGUGAACAGUUUAAGGUGAAGGUCUGUUGAGUGCAUCAUGUAAUGAUAUCUUCACUGCUAACAUCAGCAUUUACAGGUCCGAUUGAACCUGAAGGAGCGCAGUGUUGGUCAGAUGUGUUUCAGAUAUAAAGGACAGCCCUGUUUCACGACAGCACAAUCAAUUGCCAAAUGUCCUUGUAAAAUGAGUUUCAGUGUGACUCUGUGUCCUAUCGUGAUGUCAUAUUAGUCUGAAGAGGUUUUUUUGAUGCAAAUCCAUUAUUACAGUACAAAAUGUGUACAUUUUAUACUUUAUGAAAAUAAUAUUGUUCCUAAUAUUUGUAAAAAGUAUAACCAGAGUGUAUGUUAACUGCUAUAUUUUGUGCAUUCAUGAAUAAAUGUUUAAGAUUUCAUAUA